AAAUGUCAGACUUUAAAAAAAAAAGGGCAGAAAAUAGACACACUUUUUCUGUAAAUUUCAUUGUUGCCCCCAACGAUCACUUUGAUUCUCUCUCUCAUCUUAGAGAUAAUCGGUGAACAGCUUGAACUUUUGUUGCUUUCUGCUUAAUGGAGGAACCUUAAACACACGCAGUCUCUCUCUCUCUCUCUCUGAUUUUCGUUUUCUGUUAUUCGUUUUUUAUUUUUAUUUUUUCUGGUUUUGAUUUCGGGUGAAUCGAUUUUCUUCACUGCGACUGGUACGCGAAACUUGUUCAGGUUAAGAGGAAAUCUAGAAGUUUCUGAGUGUGAUGUCUCCACCAUUGUUAAGUGUUGAGGGGGAAGGUCAGGGCAAUGUGUCCAUAGUGGCUUCUUCAGCCUCCAUGGACUGUAUCUCCCAGAAUUGCUCUGGAUUAAAAGAACACAACUAUUUGGCAUUGUCUGAUUGUUCUUCAGUGGACAGCUCCACAGUCUCUAGCUUGUCAGAGGACAAUAAGAACAAUGCAAAUCUGAAGGCUACAGAGUUGAGGCUUGGUCUUCCUGGAUCACAAUCCCCUGAACGAGAUCCAGAUUUUAGCCUGCUGUGCUCGGGGAAACUUGAUGAGAAACCUUUGUUUCCUUUGCUUCCUGCAAAAGAUGGAAUCUGCUCAUCAUUGCAAAAGGCCAUUGUUUCAGGCAACAAAAGAGGGUUUUCUGACACCGUGGAUGGGUUCUCAGGAAUGAGAGGGUCUGUGUAUACUGAAGGAAAUUGGAUGUUUCAUGCAGCUGGAUCUGAUUCUGAAACAGCACAAACUGUGGGACAAGGGAAGCUUCCUGGUAGUGCAGGGAUAAAUGUAAUGCUAAAGUCCAGGACAUCAGGGGCUCAGUCCACCAUAUUGAAGGAGACAUCAUCAAAGGCAUUACAUGAACAGCCUCAUGCUACAAAUAGAACUGGCCAUAAUGAAAUGAAGGCUUCUCACAGUAAUAGCAAUGCACCUGCUGCAAAGGCACAGGUAGUUGGUUGGCCUCCUAUAAGAUCAUUUAGGAAGAAUACAUUGGCUACCACUUCAAAGAAUAAUGAUGCAGUUGAUGGAAAACCGGGCCUUGGUGCUCUUUUUGUCAAGGUCAGCAUGGAUGGUGCUCCUUAUCUGAGGAAGGUAGAUCUAAGAAUGUAUUCUAAAUAUCAAGAACUUUCUUCCUCUCUUGAGAAGAUGUUCAGCUGUUUUACCAUAGGUCAAUUUGGAUCCCGAGGAGGUCCAGGGAGGGAAACACUGAGUGAAAGCAAGUUGAGGGAUCUUCUGCAUGGAUCAGAGUAUGUGCUUACAUACGAAGACAAGGAUGGUGACUGGAUGCUUGUGGGAGAUGUCCCAUGGGAAAUGUUCAUCGGUUCAUGCAAGAGGCUGAAGAUCAUGAAGAGCUCUGAUGCAAUUGGAUUAGCUCCGAGGUCUAUUGUAAAAUCCAAGAACAGGGACUAGCUAGUGCCUGGGCUUUCGAGUUGCUUAGUCUAGGAUGGAAAGUUUCCAGGGGAGUGGGGGAAAAGCUUUUGCUGUAUUACUGAUUGUGGUGGUUUGAAUGCUUCUUGUCUAAUGUUUUGACGGCAUGGAAAGGUUCAUGUUUAUCUACAUUUGUCUGUAAGUCGAUGACUAUUAUGUGACCUUACGAUUUUUAAGAAAAUUAGUGUUAUGGGAGUUCAGAUUUCUUACAGUGGCUUCGGUUCUGCUGCUUUGUAUUUGAUGAAUGCCUGUGAACGGAAAACCAUCUGGGAAUCAUGCUUCUUUAUUCAUGUCAUGUAAAUUGCAUUUUUUUUUUCUUUCAUUAAUUUGAUUUUUUUGUUGUUCCA